GGAAGUGAUGGACUGUUAUGAAGAGUGAGUUUUGGAAUACAGUCACGGUUCGGAAGGUGCUUCUUCAAACAUGUAUAUCUUCCAGGUGGCUGCGUUAUUGAUAGCGUUGCUAUAUUAUGGCAAUGCUCAAACGUCUACUGUCGCUGUGAACCCCACCAUUCUGGGUUCAGAGCUGAGCGCAGACGGCUUGAAGCAGCUCGCUGCGGCAGUGGCGCCGCAGUCGCCCGUGUUUCACCCUAGCCGCGGUUCCUAUUUUUCUCUUAAUCUGUUGUCGGCGUUUCCAGAAGAUCUGGAGGUCAGCGAUUACUGCGUCGAGCUGCUGGCUAUCUUUGGGCAGCGAUAUUCAACGUAUGUGAAUUGUUUGGUGUCUGCCGCGCGUCCUGUCAAAGUGUGCCAAAAUUGUUAUGGCACCCACGACAACCUUAUGGAGAUUUACACAAACAUAUCAUCAGACCAGAUGGGCCCAGGGAAUGUGAGCUGCAGAGACAGCCUCCUGCGUUCUGACAGGCUGAUGUUGGUGUUCCUGCUCUACAACAACCUGGAGGACAUCUGGACUGGUUCAGAAUGUAACAGUUGUGUAAGCCUGGGACUCCACAGCCUGACCAAUGACACCCUUUACUUCAUGGCCACUCUCAACCAGUCCCUCAGAUGUUUUGAGAAGUUCCAACAGGGGAACCACUCAGCGCUAUGUAAGGAGUGCAAGGCCACAUACAGAGGACUGAAUGAGCUGUACAGCCGCAUGGAGAAGAAUCGCACACUCUGCAUCGACAUCGAGGACUCAAUGAAUAUGACCCGUAGACUGUGGAGCAAGAAUUUCAAUUGUUCCUUCCCCCGGGCAGAGAACGUUCCUGUCAUCGCCGUGUCCAGCUUCAUGCUCUUUCUGCCCAUCAUCUUCUACUUGAGCAGUUUCCUUCACUCGGAACAAAAGAAACGCAAGCUCAUACACCCCAAACGAGCCAAGUCCAACACCAGCCUCGUGAACAUCCAGGACAGGUUAAGCUGAGGAGAGAGAAGGAUAAGGAAGAAAUGGAAGAGGAUGAGGAGGAAUGUUUGUCGUCCUCGGCCACCUGUUCCUUUGGUUUGUCCAAAACCUCUCCUGGAUGCAAAUGUCAUUUCCUCUGUGACUGUGGUUUCAACCAGUUCUGUAAUGACAGAGAAGUCAAAAAGAGCACCCCCUGUGGGCGAGAAGGAUGCCAAUCAUCAGUAUUUUUUCCCCUAAGAUAUUAUAGCAAACGGAAACAGCGGAAUAUUUGUAACAGAAGAUUAGUUAUAAUUGCACUGUUCAUGUCACGCUUUGAACCGCCUACCCCCACCCCACCCAUUGCUUCUAGAACAAAAUACACACAAUAGAAAUGCACCAUGACCUGCUGCUGAUUUAUAAGCAAUGGGGAGUUAAGUCUAUUUUUUGUAUUUCAUUAUUUAUCUUUGUGUCAAGAGAUGAGAAAUGGGUUUUGUCUCUACUGUAAUGUCACUGUGACACAGACUGGCAGACAGAAAGCACUUGAUGUCCUUUAGAUGUGACAUAUACCUACCGUGUAAAAGUGGGUGACAGCUGAGAUGGAGAGAAUCUUUUAAAAUAUAUAUACAGUCAGGUCCAAAAUUAUUUGCACAUUUGGGAAAGAUGAGCAAAAAACACUUAUAAAAUAAAUAAUACAAAUGUUCUGUUUUGCAUGCAAAAAAAUCGUAAAUUAUAUUCAUUUAUACUAAUAUAAUUGCUCAGAGAAAAUAAUUGGCACUCCUGUUUUCACUACUCCAUCACCCUUCCCUUACAUGUGAGCAAAGAGCUCUAUUUUCAUGUCAUCCAACAAAUGUAAUGCCUGGAGUCUGCUUAAUGGCAUUUGCACUUGGAUUGGAACUGGUGCUAUGGUCAGAUGACAUGAAAAUAGAGCUCUUUGGCCACUCAUACCAGUGGUAUGUUUUGCAUCAAAAGAAAGAUGCUUAUGCAGAAAAUAAACCUCUCUACUGUAAAAUAUGGUGGUGGAUCUUUGAGGUUAUGGGGCUUCCACUGGCCCUGGUUAAGGUCAAUGGUAUCAUUAACUUUACCUAGUACCAGAACAUUUUCGCCAGGAGGCUGAAACUUGGCCACAAAUGGACCUUCUAGCAAGACAAUAACCCCAAGCACAUAUCAAAAUCCACAAAGAAAUGGUUAGUUGGCCAUUUAAUUGGCCUUAAAAUCGGUCUCUGGACUUGAAAGCCAUUUAAAACCUGUAGUUUGCAUUGAAGAGGGCGAAGACGAAGGAUAUCAGGGAUCUCGAAAGAUUAUGUAUGAAGGAAUGGUCUAAACAAAUCAACGUUUUUUGGUCACGUACACAGUUUAGCAGAUGUUAAAGCGGGUGCAGCAAAAUGCUUAUGUUACUAGCUCCUAACCAUGCAGAAAAAUGUCAAAUGGGUGGGUCAAUGACGAAUAACGAUUAAAAAAAAAGUAUUAAUGCUUAUUAAAGUUAUUUCUACCUUCA